UAAUCUCUCCGGCCUCACGCAACUUACUGUUAUGUUUGUUCACGUUCGUUUACGCAAUACUGCGAGCAGAGUAUCCAUAGCAGGGACCCCCGAGGUAGCUGCGUGAAUAGGGUACAUCCUUGCUUAAACGAACGGCCGAUUGCGCUGCUAUCGCUUUCACACGCGGAGUGAACGAAUAACAUCUGCCGCAGUCACUCAGUAAACGAAUGCACCCUACUUUGCACGAUUCGUCGUUAUGAAUUCCAUAGUUCGCGUUGGCGGAGCUUUAAAGCAAAGUUUUCGAUGUAAUCAAUAUCUACAAAUGCAACGCGUCACCUUCUCGUCCUCUAUAAAAGAAAAGGAACAGCCUAAAAUACCAAAGAAUGCGUUGCAAAGUUUAUUCUCUGCCAACGAGCAGGCAGAAAAUGGUAAAAUAUAUGAUAAAAAGCCUUUCAAAAUGCGAAUUGAAGCUGGAAAACAUUAUCACUGGUGCUUAUGCGGCAGGAGUAAAUCGCAACCAUUGUGUGACGGCACACACAGAGAUGUUUUUAUAAAAGUUAAGCAGAGACCAAUUAGGUUCAUGGUUGACGAAACAAAAGAUUAUUGGUUAUGCAAUUGCAAACAAACAUCGAAUAGACCUUUUUGCGAUGGAUCGCACAAGAGACAAGAAAUUCAAGAUGCAGUUAGGUCUUAGUAGAUACCUGCAAACUGUUUCUUGCUUACUUUAUCGGUCGUACAUGAAUUACAAAUAAUCGUUACACUGUAGUUGAAUAUCUUGCAGUUAAGGGUAAAUGCGAAUGAGUAAUAUGCCUUACUAUGAAAUACAUUCUGAUCCUGUAUCCAGGGUAGCAAUAAACCAUCCUAUAAGUAUUCAAAAUGGUAUUUGAUUUUCUAUUCACUAUUUUUAAUUUAUUGCUACAGUUUCCUGCUAUUCACAUUAAUAAAGAUGAUUGAUUCAAAAAUUAAGAUUUUGCAACAAAUUAAUAAUUCUAUUAUUUUUUUGGUUAUCAUUUAUUUUAUUUAUGAACUUAGAUUUUUAAUAUAAUUAAUUUGCAAUUCUGAAUAUGGUGCGAAUUAAAAAUGCUGAAUAUUAUAUUUGUUUAUACUAGUUGCAUGUAAGAUUAAUAUAUGCAGCCAUGUGCAAAUCAAAGUCUCCUGAUGUUUCAUGCUUAUCAGAAAUAAUCAUCAAGAUAUAUCACAUAUUCAGGGCAUGUAUAAUUAUAGGCUCACUCGAUUGAGAAGUUGAGGAUCAACAACAACUAGGUACAAUCAGUGAAUGAGCAUUAUAAUCAAUCUUGAAUCUUAACAAAGUAUUUUUUGCAAAGUUACAUAGUUUCACAUUUUUACACAGCUUCAAUGGCGAAAUAUUCACAUAGCAAGUACCAGUAAAUUGUAAAAAGUAAUUAGUAGUCAGGCUGAUAUUGAUUAUGAAAUAAAUCACAAUUUAGUUCCAACAUUUUCUCUUGUUUCUCGCGCAAGUGAUUCGGCUGCAAUUUUUUAAACAGAGACACUAAUUGAAAUCAAGUUAUGUCGGAAUUAAUGAAGUGUGUCAGAAUACCGUAUUAUUUACGCACGCGGCAAAUAGGUAUUUUCGUACCUAGGGCACAAAGUUCUACACCCUAGUGCGAUCUGUCACACGUCGGUGUAAAGUAUUACGCCCGUGGUGCAAACAAUAUUUUUUGUCCUACGUAGGCGUAAACCGAAUUUAUCGGGCGUAAAAUCUCACUUUACGCCAACUAGGACGAAAAGUGUUUUCCAACUCAUGGUUAAUUGUACAAGCAAUUGAACUGAGGCUAGAUGUAUGUUAGUUAUAAAAUAAUGGGUCAUGAUAUAAUGCUACCUUGUAACAAAUUGCAAGACUACAUAUUCAU